CUUUCCUCUCUGCCUCACAGGCUGUUUUUUCAGAAGAACAAGAAAUACUUUUUGGAGUGAGCCCGAUAGCUCUGCUCCUGCUGUCCUUACUUGAGUCCACUGCAGUCAUCUUGGAGUCACCAUGUCCCUGGUCUCCAUCCUGAAGAGCCUUCUUACAGUCUGUGUCUUCACCAUCCCACCUGUCAGCUUUGUGGAGAGCUACACUUGUGUGAACUCUACGUGCGUUAAUAGAGAGUGCACUCCUACCCUGGGUGUAUGUGAAACCUCACGAGGCUGCUUCAGCCGAGUGCAGGAAUUUAGAAUGCCAGCUGUGUUCUCGAACACCAUCACAACUCAGCAGAAAGGCUGCGCUGCAGACGCGUGCACUGACCUGGCGUUCUCGGUGACACUGGAUUUCUGGAUGUUUAGAUACGAACAGCGAUGCUGCCAAGCUGAGCAGUGCAACAAACCAGUCUCAUCGUUGUCUCAGCCGUCUUCACAAGCCAAUGGUGUUCAGUGUCCUACCUGCUACAAUGACCAAGACAUGUCAUGUGACCCAGCUCCCCUGAACUGCACAGGGGCAGAGACAGAGUGCAUCAUUUUUAUGGGCAAAGCUUUUGGAAACUAUCCUCAGUCAGUGCUGUUUGGAAAGGGCUGUGCUACUGAAACUGCUUGCAACCUGAAUAUGAGCGCCUUUGAUACCUUAAAAAUCCAGACCUUGUGCACCAGUGGGAGCCCUCCACGCACAUCUGUCUCUGCAGUAACACCUAGUCUGUUCCUGCUGCCAAGUCUUGCUUUGAUUGUUCAGGCACCAGGAAUCCUGUGAUCCUAUGCACCAGAAAACAUCAACAUCUGGACAGUCUCCCCCCACCACGCCCCACCCCGCAUCAGCCAGUGAUUGGCUGUUGGUUGAAAACUCUGAUCUAUUUUCUAGGAGCUCCUGAAGUCCUUGAUGGUGUCUCAGAGACCUGGUGAUCCUUCUCGCCUUCCCCCAUACCCUGAGCCAGGUUCUGGAACAUUCUGCAUUUCUGAUUAUUAAUUUCCACUCUUAAUUCCUAACUGCCUAUUUCUGUGGAAAAAAAGCCGGAAAAGACGAGCCAGUGACAGGAAGGUCUGGGCAUGGUGGUGCGGGGCUGUAAUUCCAACAGGGAUGCUACGCCAGAGGCUUGCUGUGUUUUUGAGGCCUGUAUGGGGUACAUAGUAAGAACCAGGCCAUCCAGGACCACAUAGCAAGACUCAGCCUCAAAAAUUAAUAUUGAAUAAAAGAAAUAAAAACUAA